AGGCCCAGAGCCGGCGUUCGGGGCGGCGUCCGGCGUUGGAAGGUGGUGUCCGGGGCUGCGCGGCUCGGGGCGGGGCGCCAUGGUCCUCUACCCGGUGAUCCGGAGGCUGCGGAACAAGCGCGUGGUGCUGGCCAGCGCCUCCCCGCGCCGCCAGGAGAUCCUCAGCACCGCGGGUCUCAGGUUCGAGGUGGUGCCCUCCCGGUUUAAGGAGAAGCUGAACAAAGCCUCGUUCCCCACGCCGUACGCCUACGCCAUCGAGACCGCCAAGCAGAAGGCGCUGGACGUGGCCCGGCGGAUGCACCAGAAAGACCUCCGGGCCCCCGACAUCGUCAUUGGAGCCGACACCAUCGUGACGCUGCAGGGGCUGAUCUUGGAGAAGCCGGUGGACAAGCAGGAUGCCUACAGCAUGCUCUCCAGGUUGAACGGGAAGGAACACAGUGUGUUCACAGGCGUCACCAUCAUCCAGUGCUCCUGCCGAGACAGCCGGCUGGACAUGGAGAUCUCGGAAUUCCACGAGGAGACGCUGGUGAAGUUCUCGCAGCUGUCGGAGGAGCUGCUGUGGGAUUACAUCCACAGCGGGGAGCCCAUGGACAAGGCCGGCGGUUACGGGAUCCAGGCGCUGGGCGGGAUGCUGGUGGAGUACGUCCACGGAGACUUCCUCAACGUCGUGGGCUUCCCCCUGAACCACUUCUGCAAGAAGCUGGCGGAGCUGUACCUCACGCGGCCCAACGAGGACCUGCCGCCGGCCGAGCACGACUCCAUCCCCGCCGUCGACACCUUCGAGAACCUCAGCGACGCGGAGGGCCGCGGCCAGGGCGGGGCCCAGGGGCAGGCCGACCGGCCGCGGGCUCUGGGCCGGAAGAACUCGGUUCCUAGCAGGAUGGUGGACAGCCUGCCCCCGACGCCCCUCCUGGAACUCCUGGACGGCUUCAAAGCAUCCAAGGCCCUGUUCACCGCCUGCAAGAUGAAGGUGUUUGAUCUGUUGCAAGACGAAGCGCCCCUGGGUGCCGCGGAGAUUGCCCAGAGAAUCGAGGCCUCCGAAGGCGGGACCGGGCGGCUGCUGGACGUGUGCGCGGCCCUGGGGUUGCUGGAGAAGACGGACAGAGGGUACAGCAACACCGAGCUGGCCAGCCUGUACCUGCCCUCGGGCGGCAAGUACUCCCUGCACCCCCUCAUCGUCUACCAGGACGAGCACACCUGGGACUUCUUCACGGACCUGGAGUCCGCCGUCCGCGAGGGGACCAGCCGGCACCGCGGGGCCCAGGGGAGGACGGUGGACAGCCUGUUCCAGGACCGCUUCUACCAGAGCCAGGACCGGAAGCUGCAGUUCCUGAGGGCCAUGCACAGCCUCAGCAAGCUGACCGCCCGCCAGGUGGCCACGGCCUUCGACCUGUCUCGGUUCACCUCCGCCUGCGACCUGGGAGGCUGCACGGGAACCCUCGCCCACGAGCUCGCCCGGGCGUACCCCGGCCUGAAGGUGACCGUGUUCGACCUCCCGGAGGUCCUCGAGGACGUCUCCGGGUUCCAGCCCGACCGCGCACGGGCUCCGCGGGUCAGCUUCGUGCCAGGCGACUUUUUCCAAGACAGCCUCCCGGAGGCCGACCUGUACAUCCUUUCCAGAAUCCUCCGUGACUGGCCGGACGACAAGGCCCACGCGUUGCUGAGCCGGAUCUCGGGCAGCUGCAAACCAGGCGGCUGCCUGCUGGUGGCAGAGACGGUGCUGGACGAGCAGAAGCGGGCGGCGCGGCCGGGGCUGCUGCAGUCGCUGGACCUGCUGGUGCAGUCGUGGGGCCGGGAGCGCAGCCUGGGCGAGUACGGGCGCCUGCUGCAGGCCCACGGCUUCGAGAUCGUGGGGGCCGCGCGCACGGGGACCAUCGUGGACGUCAUCCUGGCCACGCGCACCACACCCUGAGCCCCCCGCCAGCCUGUCCUGAGCCCCCCCAGCCUGCCCUGAGCCCCCCAGCCUGCCCUGAGCCCCCCCAGCUUUCCCUGA